AUGGAGAACAUUCUUGAUCUCUGUCGGGAUGUUUUCCCCUGGGUCGGCAAACUGGCAACGCUUCUUGGCCGGGAUACGCAGGAUAACAGAUUCGCUCAUCUCGGCGGCGAACUCUUCAUCCUGGCUAAUCAAAUCCCCUACUCAGACCAGGCAGGGAUAAAUUCCAAGCUUUUCAAGGUUGCAGAGCUUGUUAACAAAGCUUGUUCUAUCACUGCCCAGAUCUCGAGAAAUAAACAUGUUAGAGGAAAUAAGCUGCUUGGUGCGCUUCAGAGGAUACUAGAGUGCAUGGAAGACAAGCCCGCCGAGGAAAUUCUUGUUCGCGAUAUUCGACGCAGCCUAACACAAUUCGUCCAGCAGAACCUUGAGUAUACUUCCCUCCUACAUUUUAUCACUGAUUGCCAGCGCGCAAUGGAUUCACCAGAUACCACUUCUGAUGAGCAGAUACGACUUUUUUCUAAGGACACUAGCUACCCCACCCAAGUCAACAAUACACUUUAUACCCAACUCCGAAUGUACUCGACCUGCUCAUGUAGCACACAACAUCUGGAUUACGCGCGGCUGCGAUUGAAUUCUGAACAUGAUACCCGCGACGACGAGACUAUCCCGUUUGAGCUGUUGUUUGCGGCAAGCACUACAUCUUAUCAUACAACCAAUUGUCAGUACCGGUGGAGAGAGGCGAAGAUAUCAGUUGCUAGACAUAACGAACCAUCUCGGAAGAAACAAGUCUCAUUUACGAUCCAAUCUUCGAGUCCAUCGCCUACGACGCAGAGCAAGUCUCUUUUACCAAACGGCCUCCGGAAAGUCGAAACUGAGGGAUUCUGCAGGCUGAUCGGUAGUGAGAAGAAUAAACCUAUCCACUUUUAUAUCCAAAACAAUGUGAUGAAGUUCAACGACACCGUUCAAGGGAAUAUCUGGCGGGAUUUUCUUCCCCAAGCAGGUAUCUCUCUCGCAGAAUGGCUGGAACAGACAGUACAUCUCUCAAACAGGGUAAAAGUUACGCUAGCAUAUACUAUCGCGAGAUCAGUGUGGCAGUACUAUAAUUCCUAUUGGAUGGUGAGCCCAUGGACUCAUGAGAAUAUCCAAAUGCUGAAGGAAAAUAUCAGUGAUCGGAAACAAAUCCGGCCUCAUCCGUAUUUUACCACGAAAUUGGAUAAAUACAAGCAGCAAAUACUGGACUACUGCAUUGCGGAUGACCUUUUCCACAUGUAUCCUAACGUCCUAGCGUUGGGAGUUAUUCUCGUUGAAAUUGCAGCCAAGAAGCCGCUCAGACCUGACAGCCCCCAUUACCUCUGGGAUGAAACCACAAUCAACGAGUACUACGAGUGGGCUUGGACUACAGCAAGCUGCAGUGACUUGGGAAACACAAUUGGCGCCGCUUAUAAUGCGGUAGUGAACAACUGUCUCGACCCCGAAAUUUUCGGAGAGUGUUCCAUUGACCAGUCCAAACCUGAAAAGGGUCUUGAGAUCAGACAGUCACUUCUUUAUGAGAAAGUUGUACUGCCCCUUCGGGGGCUAUAUCACGCGUAUAAAGAUGACUGGGAAAUUGAAGAGAUUCCUGGGUCGGAUAUCCCCAUCUCUUCCAACAUCUUUCGGACCGACGAUCACAACGCCCGUAUCAAACCGGCCAACCGAACCCAAUUCAAUGUCGCCAUUUUUUGUGCGUUACCCCUGGAAGCGGACGCCGUCAGGGAACUUUUCGAGGAGAUUUGGGGUGAAGAAGGGGAGAACUACGGAAAAGCAAUCGGAGACGAAAAUACGUACACUCUGGGUAAAAUCCAGCAUCACAACGUAGUUCUCGUUCACAUGGCGGACAUGGGAAAAGGCGCUGCGUCCCAAGCGGCUUCGAGUGUACGGUCCAGCUAUCCGGAGGUCAAGCUCGGGCUUGUGGUUGGGGUUUGUGGGGGAGUUCCGAACGACGACCUGAUCCUUGGCGAUGUGGUGAUCAGUGAUGGAAUUGUGCAGUACGACCUUGGUAGGCAGCUUUCGGAUACGUUUUUGACCAGGGCAGGACCCUAUCAACCUAAUCGAAAAAUUCAAGGGAUGUUAGCCAAACUUAAGGGGUUGCGAGUGCGAGAACGUGUUGAAACGAAGCUUUCCCAAAAUCUCAAAAUCUUGCAGAUAAAGCCAGGGCUCAAAAGAUCUUACUAUCCAGGGAUCGACAAGGAUGAACUGUUCCAAUCCACAUACCGGCACAAGCACCAAGAUCCAGCAUCAUGUACAACAUGCGGUGCUUGUGAAGGCAAGACGGAUCCAGUAUGUGAAGAGGCACGAAAACUAACGUGUCAGGAGCUUGGAUGCCAGAAGGGCUCGUUGGUCCCUCGCCAACGACUGGUGGAGGCAGCUGCAAAGCGCAGCUCGCCAAAUCCGAAAAUCCACUUCGGGCUUGUCGGGUCUGGGGACACAGUUAUGAAGUCUGGACAGCAUCGUAAUGAGACUGCGGCCCAGCACAAUCUUAUCGCUUUUGAGAUGGAAGCUUCAGGGGUUUGUGGCAAUCUGCCAUGCCUUGUUAUCAAAGGCGUGUGUGAUUACGCGGAUAGUCAUAAGAACAAGCACUGGCAAGACUAUGCUGCUGCUACUGCUGCAGCUUGCAUGAAAGCCAUCUUGGAGGAACAUGAGUGGCAAGAAAGUUAA